GUAGAAAGACUAAACUGAUUUGACCAGGGGAUUGACUGCCGUGUAAGUUGUCGCGGACAGCUCGUCUGGCGCUGUUCAGAGGCACCGACUUCGGCAAGAUAGAUUCGGGUCAGGCAACUGGUCAGAAUCCCGGAUGCAUGUGGUGCCUUACAGAGGGGCUAACUUCGUUUCAGGAGAAGCCCGUGCCGUCGCUGCUGGCCAGACAUCGUCUCUUGGGCGUGGACAACGAUACCGUGAUCACUACGCUGGGAGGGUGGACCACAAUCGACCCCCUAGCAUCAACUUAGCUUCACUUCAACAGAACUUCAAUUCGCUGUGGGAUCGCACGAAGAAGAAAGUAAACAAAGCCUAUAACGUUGUCUACGGCGCUGAAGAUUCCCCCAGCUACCGUGUACAAGAAGCAGACGAGGGCGAGAUGGCCGGAACCUUGGAAUUGAGUCUUAGAUACCCGACUGGGGUUCACAUUGGAGUAGAACCAGAGGCACCGUACAAUGACAGGCUGAUGGAGGACGAGCAUGACGAAGACAAUGACGACGUGUGGACGCUCCUAAGCAUGAUGCACGCUAUGGUGGUUGUCAUCAUCGUCAUAGUGAUCGACACUGCUCAGAUAUUCCUCCGGUACUCAGAGGGACUGAAUGCAGUCACACCAGCCCACGUGGAGGGUUUCUUCAUCAUGCUGUACAUCGUGUCCAUUGCUUGGAUCCUUGUGGUGGUGGUUCUGAAGAAACCACUGCCCUCUAGCGACGAUGAGGAGAGAACUGAUGCUCAGGCUGGGAGCAGAUACCUGUACGUUGGUCUUCUCUUCUUUGGCAUCGGCGGUUGCCUCUGGAUGAUCAUGCGAACAGCUUCGUAUAUCGAGCUGAGCGGAGGAAAGUGUGGUUCCCAGGGUAUCUUCGCCUGUGGUUCCAUACUGUGCGUGACAUUCACCAUGCUACAGAUCUACUACUUCUGGCGAUUCUCCAAGUACUGUCUGGUGCGCUGGAAACCUGUUGCUAAACUGGCCGUCAUGCACCUGAUGGCGACGAACGCAGCGUUAUGCGUCAGGACACUGAUUGAGGAAACAUGGGAAGACUUUCUGUUGGACUAUCUCAAGUCUGCUUCAAAGAAGGAUGCAGGAUACACAGGUAAGCUUGGCCACCUUGUGAUGGAACCUACUACCCUCGAUGUGGGUUACGGUAGCAUGAUCGACCCAGCUGCGUUUAUGUAUAACGCCACACCGAAUGGCUCCUACCCCGGUGACGGCUACGAUCCAUGCUACAUCGGCAAGACCGCCAAAGGCCUGAGUGGUGCAGUGUACAAAGCCUCGGUCUUCCUGUACUCCUUCGUCAUCGAAUACGCCAUCAUUGCCGGUGCCAUGUCCUACAUCAUGUGGCAGAACAUCGGGCGUAGGGUUCACCACCCGCACAAAGCGAACGGUACACGGAAUGUGGGCUUCAGCUUCGAGUGUGGCCUUCUUCUGGGUGUUCUUUGCACUAUGUGUGGUGUGAUCAUCCUCAUCCUUAACAUCAUCUACUUGUCAGACUACGAGAAACGCGAGGCAAGCUUCACCAGUUACAGAGGCUACAGGGUGUUCCUCAAUAUAGUCUGUAUCGCUGCCUGCAUUGCUUCGUUUGUUGGAAUACAUAAGGGAGGCUGGGUGCCAGAUCACCACUCAGGACCGGCUCAUCGGGUGGAUGCAGCGCUGCUGUUGAUAUGCGUCAGCGGUGGGUUCCUCCAGAGUACCUAUACCUUCGUGGCGGCCGUUUCUACCCUGGGCCAAACUCACAGCGGCUUGGUGUUCUUCGAUGAUUUCUCCCACAUUGUUCAGACGGUUUUACAAUGUGUAUUAAUUUUAGACGCCAUGUCAAGGAAACCGCCGGCUGAUUUUCGGAACACGCGCACUAAACAGUUGAUCAUGUUCCUUCUGGUGUGCAAUAUAACGUGGUGGCUGAUCAGCACCUACGAGUUGAAAGGAGGCUACGACUUGUAUGCACUGGAGAACGGUUACUAUGGGGCGACGACGUGGUACGUCAUCGUCCAUUUGGCGGCACCUUUGGAAAUCCUGUUCCGGUUCCAUUCAACGGCGUGCUUCUUCGAGAUAUGGAACUUACCGGGUGCGGAUGGAAAUGGGAAUGGUCACCACUAGAGGCCGUCGCAUUAUGAUCUCAAACGGCUUGUGAGCGAGACCACCACGCGAAAUAUAUGCCUUUUUAUGUUUCCAUGAUGUAUGGAGCUUAGCUAAUUGAAUGCAUCAUUAAUUGAAUGUUUUCUUUUGCUUUUCUUACACACAUGCCAGCCAUUUUACACCAACUGUGUGUUGUGUGCUGAACAUGGCAUAAUACAAGUUAUUAUAUUCAGGAAAACUUGGGACUUCAGACGAAGUAGACCAUUAAAAUCCUCGCUGGCUUCCAUUUACAACAGAGACUUUAGUUGUUACAACUUUCGCCUGCAAGUUUAAUGACCUGUCAGGUUUAUAUAUAACUUUCAGGUCGAAGAUGCUUUCAAAGAAGUUUUGCAGCAAAAAAAUAAAAAAAAAAUAUAAGAAAACAGCAAGCUAUUAAAUCACAAAAUUAUGCAUUGUUGUUGAUUUGUUUACCGUUUCGGUAGAUUUUGAAAUAUUUUUUACUCGGUUUGUUUUAUUAUUGUGGCUAUUUUUUUUACAACACUCUAAGAAUUGAGUCUAAGAUGUGGAAACAAAGCGUAUGCUUGAUGUACAUGGGUGUGGCAUCAAGUUGGACACUAAUAUUAAUUUGCUCUACAUGCACAAACAUAGGUAAAUCAUCCAAAUGACCAAUUAUGCUGCAAAACGUACGCAUAAAUACAAAUUUAAUACACCCUCGAAAGCUAGAGAAUAAUUUCUUUAAUUUGCAAUACGUGGUGCUUUCAAAUUUUGCGCGAGCAAUGUAAUGUUUCUUCUAUUUGGAGAGUAAUACUUUACACUGUCUUAUGUCAAUUAUAUUCACGUCUAACGUCGAUGACCGAGGGCAGGUUGUCUCUAAUUCCGUUAAGGACAGCGGAAAUUGGCCAUGACCCCGCUUUAAACCCGGAAGAAUGAACCAUACACUGGACUGCAGCCAUGGUCCUUUAAAAGUAAGAAAUUAAGUAAUGUCCUGCCAUGGUUCGGUCUGGUUCCGGUCCUUUAACUAGCCAGCACAGUGAUGGCUCUGUUUAUAGUAAUAUUGUCCGUGGUUUCAAAGGUCAACAUAAUCUAUUUGUGAAUGCACUUCUUGACUAGUCUGCAGUGUCUUCUGCAUGCAAGUUCGCCCCGAAACACUGCUAACAGCCAUUUUUGGUAUGGAGCUACAAAAAAAAA